UGUUGUCUUGACAACAGUGCGUUUUGUAAGCAAGGUUCGACUGUUUAUAAUUUCUUUACUUAGUUUUUACUACAUGUGUUACUUUAGCCGUGAAAAUGCGUUCAUUUUGUUCACAAUUAAAAUAAAUUAAAGGUUCUAUAAAUGACAGACUGUUGUCGAAGACAAUAAGUAUGGAUGUAAUAAGCGAAAUUAAUGAAAAAUAUUCGGCGCUGGAAGCAGAGGUCGACAGAAGGCUGGAAAAAAUCAAAGUUGAUGAAAAUAAAUUGCAGAAAUUAGAGGAGCAAAGAGCGAAAAAGACUCCAGCACAGGCAAAUAAGACACUCUCAUAUGAGGAAUGCAUUGAGAGAAACACGAACUUACUCAAGUCUUUGGAUAUAGCGAAAGCGCGUUUACGUUCUCGUUCCACUUUCUCGCCAGUUGAGCAAAUACUAGAAAAGGCCAUAGCGAAUUAUAAACGGGAAUUGGCAACGUCACGACAGCAGUUAACGUCACGCCUCGAACAAGUGCAAAUUCAUGAGGCGUCAUCGGGACCAGAGCCAACCAGAGCGGAUGAAGGGUAAAAGUAGCGAGAGGAAGAGGGAGCUUAUAAUAAAACCAUACAUUUAAUUACACUAUACAUAGUAACUGUGACUAAUUGAACAAUUUCAUAAAUAAAAAAUUAUGCUAUAUUUGCUUGAAAAAUUAA